UAGAGCAGUGCAGCUUCAGUGCAUGCACUCUAUGCAGUUUUGCGUGCAGGGUUACAAGCAGAGUGAAGAUGAAGUUUGAGACCAUCCUGGAGGAAAUAAAUGGCUUUGGGCCUUUUCAAAUUACCAUCCUCGUCCUGCUGUGCACUUCACGGAUGGUUCUCCCCUGUCAUUUCUUACUAAAUAACUUCAUUGCUGCUGUGCCCCCUCACCGCUGUGACAUUAGCGUGCUGGAUGAUGGAGAACUCUUCAGAAAUUUAACUCAGGAGCAGAAACUGACUGUCAGCAUUCCUGUAGGAGAAGAUGGGGCUCUGAAAUCCUGUGAAAUGUUUGCAGAGCCUCAGUUUCAGCUCUUAGCCAACAACUCCAGCAGCACUGAGCUGCCCACAGUUUGGUGUCAGAGGGGAUGGGUUUAUGACAAUUCCACCUUCACUUCCACACUGGCAACAGAGUGGGACCUUGUCUGUGAUCACAAGAAGCUGACAAAAACCACAGGCACAAUAUUCUUCUGUGGAGUUAUGACGGGGGCCCUGGUUUUUGGAUACCUCUGCGAUAAGUACGGGAGGAAAAAUCUUCUUUUGGUCUCCUACAUCUCAUCGUGUGUGCUCGGCUUCUCCAGCGCGUUUGCAAACUCCUACACGCUGUUUGCAGUGCUGCGGUUUUUCACUGGACUUGGACUGACAGGAAUCAGCAUCAUCUCAAUAGUUCUCUCCGUUGAGUGGGUCGACGUAAGUCACAGGUCAGCUAUCGGGGUGAUUGGCAGCCUGGCCUGGUCUGCAGGUUACAUGCUGCUGGCUGGGGUUGCAUUUCUGAUCAAUGACUGGCGGACAUUGACUAUGGUAGUUACAGCCCCACUAGGAUUUGCAGUUUUGACCUGGUGGUGGGUUCCUGAAUCUGCUCGAUGGCUUUUAGCAAAUGGUAAAGUGGAAAGGGCUCAGUUUUACCUCGACAAAUGUGCAAAGUUCAACAAAAAAGAAAAAUUGUCCAAAGAAAAACUAGUGACUUUUUCUAAAAUAGAAGUCCAGGAAAACCAGGCCAAAAACUACACAUACUUCCACCUAAUCAAAACCCAGAGGAUGAGAUGUUUAACUUUAUUACUUGGAAUUGUGUGGUAUGGAGUUGCCACAACAUAUUAUGGAAUCAGCUUAAACAUCACUGGAUUUGGUUUAAAUAUGUACCUCACACACUUCAUCUAUGGAGCCAUCGAAGUUCCUGCCAAGCUGACGAUUUACUGUUUUCUCAACAUCUUUGGACGAAGGAAAUGCCAAGCAGUCACGCUCUUACUGACAGGACUCUGCAUCGGGAUAAACAUCUUUAUUUCCAAAGAUCUGUGGCAUGUUCGUGUUGUAGUUGCCGCUCUCGGAAAAGGCCUUUCAGAAGCUUCAUUUACAACUGUCUUCCUCUACACGACUGAGCUUUACCCUACAGUGAUCAGGCAAAACGGUUUGGGCUACACCAGCUUCAUAAGUCGUCUGGGAGUGUCAGUGGCUCCGCUCAUCCUGCUGCUGGAGGAUGUGUGGACUCUUCUUCCUCAGAUCAUCCUUUGCUCUGUAGCCAUUAUUUCUGGCCUGGUGGCUCUGAUGCUUCCAGAAACACUCAAUGUGAGGCUGCCGGAGACAAUUGAUGACAUAGAAAAGCCAAGAAGGAAAGACAUCUCCAAGGAAUCUUCAUCUGUUUUCCUGGAAUUAAAGACACAAACUGCUGAUUAGGAGAGAAAAUCGGGAAUGAAACAAGACCACAGAUCACUCAGCUUCCUCUUGUUCUUCUUGUUCUUCUAAU